CCUGUGCUCUUAAUUAUUCUUUUAUUCCACUAGAUAAUUAAAUAAUGGGAAUUAUAAAGCAUUUGAAUAUUUAAAUACAAAAACUUGUUGUUAAUACAGUAAUACAAAUUAAUUCGGUGCCUUUCAUUAAUUUCAAAUUUAAAUAUUUUCCCGCGGUUUCAAGAAAUGAAGUAAGAUCAUCAAUAAUAAUGUUUAAAUUAAUAAUUAAAGUUAUUAUAAGAUAAUAUGGAUUAUGGAUAGGGAAGUAAGUAUUAAGAAAUACCUCUUUUUCAUUACAAGAGCAACAGUAUUUUGAAUGAGUUGAUUUAUAUUCAGUAGUACGAGUACACGCUUUCUGCGGCGUAGUGGUGCAAACUUUAUUUCUAAAUUUUGGUUUUCCUCCAGACGAUGUUCCACAAACAGUCGUUGUUUUCGACGCCUCAUUCUCUACUUUAAGCACUACCAUUUUGCACUUUUAAAAAUUUUGUUUGUUUUUCUUUUAAUGAGAAUCUUGUGUCGUGUGCGCCUAGUCUACUGCUUUAUGAUUUUCAAGUAACAAUCAUAGCAAAAUGUCAACCUAUAAAAUCUCUGCACGUUAUUCCGAUGGAAUUUCGCUGAAAGUGUUUACGAAUAUCGAUAAAACAAAAAUGAAGACAACCGAGCGGAACUGGAGUUUGUCCGUUAUUUGUAAACGGUUUAUCGAAAAAAAUAUUCAAACGCAUCGAAGAUAUUUUGUUUUAUUCAACGAGCGAAGAAGAACCGAUCAGAGGGAAGGUAGGGUGAUUCACCCCUUUUGCUGGUGCAUGCGUAUCGUCAUCGAGUUUCUAUGUGCCGUCCACUUUCCUCAGGUGGGAAAAUGCACAUGUGACUGGUACCUUGCUUGUAUACUAAGUGUUCAUGUUGCAGGCAAAAUAUACACUCCAUAUCCUAUUGCAGAAUAUUGAAAUAAAAAGUUCAUUGCAGAGGAUUCUUUGAAGUUUCUUUAAUACUAAAAUAAACAUAUAUUUUAAUUAUUAAUUAUAAAAGUAUGAAGAGUUUCACUGAAUUUCCGUGAGAAAUAUACAAGACACCGAUUAUUUGACGAAUCGAUUUUGCUAGGGGAACUUUUUCAUUUAAGCAUUAAACAGCGCUCGGAAUAAUAAAAAAGUCGAUCGAUAUCGCGCACGUACAAGAAACAUUUUACACGCAUGUUAAAUAUAAACUGCGUGUCAAGAUAUGUACAUGUAUCGUUUACAGAUAGGCUCACGAUUAUGUAUUUUCAUAUGAAUCUCAGUGUUACUGGGUUGAAUGUAGCAAAUAGAAAAGAAAACUGCACAAUUUUAAAUGACAAUACCAGCGAUACCACAUAUUCUUCGUAGACAGAAAAUAAAGAAGAUGUGAAAUAAUCCAUAUUUCCCAUGUCCAUCAAGUCCGAGCAAUCCAUGAUGGAAAAAAAAGGACAGCAGAUAAGUAAUUCUAAGAAUGAAAAAGACCUUACCACGCAACGUUAAAGGAAAUAAAUUUAUUGUCCUUUUUUCUUGCCGCUAAACAUUGUAUCUCUGAGCUGCGCCAAACGACUGCGUUCUAGUCGGCCAAUGCGAAGGGUUUCCCUAAUAAGAACUUUUCUAGAAGUGGGAAACAUCGGCGUACAUGCAAGAUUCCUUGCUCUUGGGCUUCACUUUUCGCGCGGUUGCGUCUCGAUCCACUUUAUGGCAUGUGUCGGAUUAAAUUUCUCUCUGAUAACACUUAAACAGAAUUGAUUAAACAUGCAUUUAUAAUUGCAACUAUUUAAAAUACAAUUCAUUUUAUUUUUUUUUGUUUUUCUUUAAGCUUUUCGAUAUUUUGUUUUUAAUUAAUUUAAUAGGAGGAAGAUGCAAUGCUCCUCGUUAUGAAUAAGGUUUUCUUUUUGAAUUAUUAAGAAAGUUUAUGUAAUGUAUAUUAGUGAAAUGAAGAAAAGAGCUUUGUAACACAGUUUUGAUAGAUAUCGUGAGUAUAAAUUACAUAACUUUCAAAUUUGAUAAAGAAAUGAUAUUAAAGAGUUAAAAAUUUUCAUAAACUUUGAACGCAAGGGAUUUCGAAUCAUGAAACAACUAAAUGGCUGCGAAUUGGACGAUACUUCGAAGAAGCAAAAGGGAAGAACGAAGAAAAAUAAAAUAUCUAUUAAAAUGUUUACUAAAACUUGUUGGCCAAAGGUGAUGAUCUCCAGAAACAAGUUCAUUUGUAAGAAAUCGAAAGAUGCAGCAGAGGGCACGUCCUUGUCGUAUCUCGAGGAAUCCUCCGGCAAAUUAUCGGCUAAGGAAGAGGACUUGUGCUGCGAGGAAAAUGGCGAAAACUUCGAGGAAGAGCAGGGUGUUUGUUUGAUCAGCAGCUCCAGCGAGAUUCCCUGCGAAAGUUUACAGAAAUUGAACGAAUCAAACGAGGAAUGUCGGUUCGUUUGCGCGACGGAGGAGACAUCCGGGUGUCGGGAACGACCGAUUUUCGUCGAUCUAACCACCGACGAAAGGAGUACAUGGAAACAAACGAUUUUUAAGCGAUUCGACGAUGAGCUGGAAAGCACAGAAAAUGAGAAAAUUAAUGGAAAGCAAAAUCAUUCUGCAAAUGUUGUAUUAGAGCCUCGAAUUAUGAUAGCGGACAGUUCGAGCAAAUCAAGCAUCAACGGAGGUGGAAGUUUAGCAACGGCUCUGCGUGAUCGUGGCCCGUGCUUGAUACCGGUGCAACCUAAUCGUUCCUUACCGAUUCGUCCGGCACCUUGUGUGCCCGCGAGGUCCCUACGAAAGGACUGUUCGCCGUUGCUGGUUCUAUCGAAAUCCUCGUCCACGGACGUGGUCGAAGUGGAACCAGUGAGAUCGAUAAACGUGUCGUCGAACGAAGAGGCUGGCAGAAGAGAAUUCGAUGUGAAACAAGAACGCUCGAUGUUGAAGGAAUUAGCCAAUUUGGUGGACUGCGUUGUACCUCGAGUUUCGAACGUCGGAAGUUUGAGCGGCAAGAAGAAGAAAAUCGGCGAGGAGAUUUCGCGAGGGGAAAAUAGGAGAAAGAAGAGAUCGCAGGAAGCGGAUUCCACUCAAAGAGAGGAACGCGUGGAGGGUUCGAUAAAAGAAUUUUUAACAAACUUCUGUGGCUCGAACGUGAACGAAGGAGCAGGAAAUUCUUGUACCGAUAGAUGCUCCAGGGUUGUAUCUUCCUCGAAAGAGGAGGGAACUAAGGUGGUGCCUCCCUUGAGGCUGAAGAAGGUGGUUCGUACAGAAAUGGAAGGAUACACCUGUAGAAGCGAUACCGGAUCAGGGCACGAGUCGAACUACAGAAUCGUGACUGGAACAACGCCCAAGCCCUCCUCCAGUCCCAUCCCAUCCAGCUGGAACGACAUGCUCUGUGAAAAAGACACGAAUUUUUCUCCUUUAAACACCGACAGCUACAAGCUAGAGUACAGACGAAAGAAACUGAAACAAAAGCUCCGAGAGCUACGUGGUAAAGCCGUAGAAUUGGCGAAACAAAUGGCGAGUGACUCCAGUUCACAGCAAAGUACCAGGCUAAGGCAGGUGAUGAAUCGGUACGAGAAGCAAAUUGAAAAUCUCUCCAAGUUGCAUAGCAAACUGUCCGCGUCCCUUCCAGUUCUUAGCGAGGUGAUCGACGUGAACGAGAACGCUGGAAAUCCUGACGACGAUAACGACGACGGCGAGUAUCUCCUGAUGAAUUUCACUGAAACUAACGAGGAGUCAACGAAGAACAGCUCUCCAGCUUCGUCACCGGAGCCGCCGAAAUUGUCACCUCGAUCGCCCACCAAUUACGAAAACACGUUACCCGAAGAAGCCAGGAAUAGUCCUCCAAUUUUACACAGGGUGAGCUUCAUCGUUUCGUCGAGUCAAGAGCCGGUCGAAGAAGAGCUUCAGAUCUCGGACAGAAAAUUAUGGUCAACAGAAGAGUCGCUUCAGAAUGUAAAUAAAAUCUCUUCAGAUUUUGAGGAAUGCGUAAGAACGAGUCCUCUGAAUCAACAGUGUAGCAUCGAUGAUGUUAACAAACAGCCUUCAAGUAAUCCUAAAAAGUUUCUCGAGGACGGUGGUGUUUGUCGGGAGAAGAAAGACGAAAAAGGUAAGUUAGCGGAAAACUUUCCUCGGAGUAGUCCUGCGGUUCAAGAAACGGAGAAAAUCAAAUGCCUUGGCUUCUCUGAAGCUGAACCAAUGAUCAGUACCGUGAUCAGUGAUAUGGAAACGACCACGGACAUUCAGGAAAACGAAAUGCUUGAUUUGAAGCCUGCAAGACAGCUUUCUUUGCAACCUAACUCCUUCGAGUCUGCUCCAGAGGAAAAUGUUUCGUUUCCCAAAAUCAAUGACAAUACUCAAAGCGUGCCAAAGGUUGCCUUCAAUUUGAAUCAGUGGAAUCAGUUUAACGCGACAAGAGCUGCAUCGAAUCAGGAACAUCUUACACCGCAACAAAAUUAUAAAGGAGAAGACAUAGCAAGCAGCGGGAAUCAUUUGAUGACUGAACAAUUUCCCAGCCUUGGUAACUGGUUAACCCGGAUGUCCAAGAAACAAGCUUCGAAAAGCAAAUCAAAACUACAAUCUACGGGAAAUAUUUCAUUUACGCCUACAGAAAAUUCUACUAGUAUUUCUGGAGCUGAAAUACAAAAGAUGGUUGCCCCUAAUACAGCUAACGAAUCGGUAAAUACAACAUCUCAGUACGGUACAGAAAGAUGGCAACACUAUCAUCAGCAACAGCAACGACAGCAACAAUUGCUGCAACAUGUCGCAGCAUCGGUGUCUCUUUCGCAACCAACUCCAGCAAUACCACCGCUACGUUCUGCUCUCUGUCCACCUAUUCCUAUGUCUCAGUUUUAUCCUAACAAUUAUGCUAUUGAUCCCUACAACAGUGCUACUUUGAGUUACCAUUCAGCCAUCUGUCCGUACGGCACUUAUCCGUACCAUUCUCGAUUACACUCAACUUCUCUGCCAGGAUAUCACUUCCCAAUGCAAGAAUCGUUGCGACCAUUGCUGCACUUGGACAAACGCUUUCCUUCUGUCCAAGACUCAAUGGCGAGAUAUCCUUCCCCAUCGACCACAUUGCAGCACCCCAUUAAUAUAGAUUUUGAUCGUAUAAGAGGAAGUGGGAACGUCGGCAACAAUGUUGCUACUGCAACCUGUUUACCAUCGUUAUUCACAUCACCGUCAUCUUUAUCCUCUUCUCACCAGAGACGGACUCCUUUAGGUGGAUAUCCAACGAAUAGCCAAUUUACUCGAAACAGAAUGAUCCCGGAUGUUGUUGCUGCAGCCGCGGCUGCUGCUGUCGUAGCAGCUGCUUCCAUCGACAGGCAACGCGACACGUUAACGUACAAUAGAAAUGAUAUCGGUAUCGAUGGAGAUGCAGCUAAUUCCAGUAAAACUAAUCGAACCCGAGAUGAGAAUUUUGCUGAGGAAACUCGUGACAAUACUGCCAAGUAUCAACAGAUGCAAAAUUUCUUAUACGAUCGAUUAACGCUCGUUAAAACCGCCGAUAAUUUUGCGCAAACAAAUUCAUUGAUCGAUAAUAAUACUCAGGCAGCAAUGGCGAGCAUCGUUUCAACACCGUAUCAGGUGCCUUUAAAUUCAACGCAGCCACCACUGUCGAAGAGCUUGCCGGCAAAUGAUCUCAGGAAUUGUGAUACACCGCAUCUUGGUAAAGUAAGUCGCAGCCCGAACAGUUUGCACAAUCUUGUAUGUUCGAACUGCAGUAGCAUCGGGCCGAAAUUCAAGUGUCUUGGAUGCGAGAUGGCUUUUUAUUGCAAUGAAAGAUGUCAAGAGAAACACUGGUAUGUUCAUGUGCAAAAGUGCCCAAAGAAGAUGCCUAAAUUGAAAAAGGUUACAUAAAAUCUUGUGAAUAUACAGUAAUUCGCCACGACUUCUGAUUAAUAGAUUAAUAUAUAUAACUUUAAACGCACCUCCGAGCACAAGUAAAAGAUAUCUUUGUCGAUAUGGAUGCACACGAGUAAAUAUAUGCGAUGAAUGAUGUGAUAAUCUGUGCCUCAUUUUCUAAAAUGUAUUGAAGUUUUAAUUUUUAGGUUUGCUAACAAAGAUAUUAUAUAUAUAUAUAUUUAUUAAAAGUAUUUAGCACAACGAAAACAUUUUGAUAUUUUAUAAUAACUACCUAUAUAAUGGUAAGAAAUAUUGUACAUGUACCUGAUAUGUAAUAAAUAAGUUAUGAAAAGCU